AUGUCACUAAACUUCUUGAAAAGGUCAAUGUCUACUAAUAUUCCAAAGAAAAUCAAAUCAAUUAUCUAUUCAUCACAUAACGUCGAUGACUGCACCUCGGUUCUUUCUGUCCUUAAUCAUUCAGUAAAGAAUGUGAAUGAAAAUUCCAUAGUGCUACGAACAUUAGCCUUCCCCAUCAAUCCAUCUGAUAUAAAUCAACUUCAGGGAGUCUAUCCUUCUCUUCCUGAAAAGACAUUAGACUUAGGGACGAAGGAGCCAAGCGCAAUUGCAGGAAAUGAAGCUGUCUUUGAAGUUAUUAAAGUCCCUGAGAAGAAAGAGUCAAAACUUUCAAUUGGUGAUUGGGUCAUUCCAUUACAUUCCAAUCAAGGUACAUGGACUAAUUUCAAGAUACUUGAAAAUGAAAAUAACGUUAUAAAAGUCAAUGGACUGGAUCUUUAUACAGCCUCAACUGUAUCAGUGAAUGGGGUCACUGCAUAUCAGUUGGUGAACAAAUAUAUUAAUUGGGGUGAGCGUGCUGGAAAUGAAUGGAUCAUUCAAAAUGCUGGUACUUCCAAUGUUUCGAAACUAGUCACUCAAAUUGCGAAGGCUAAAGGAAUUAAAACUUUAAGUGUUAUUCGUGAUCGUGAUAAUUUUCAAGAAGUUGCUAAUGACUUGGAAGUCAAAUAUGGAGCUACUAAAGUUAUUUCUGAAUCACAAAAUAGCGAUAAGACUUUCAAUAAGAGUGAAUUACCAAAAAUUUUGGGUGAUGAGGGAACGAUAAAAUUAGCCUUGAAUUCUGUUGGUGGUAAAUCAAGUUCUUCCAUUGCUAGAAAGUUGGAGAAAGGUGGGUUGAUGUUGACCUACGGUGGUAUGUCAAAACAGCCUGUCACUUUACCAACUUCAUUACAUAUCUUUAAGGGUAUUACGUCUGCUGGAUUUUGGGUGACAGAAAAUAAUAAGAAAGAUCCAGAUGAAAAACGUGCAAAUGUUGCAGAAUUUAUUAAAUUGUAUGAAACGAAUAAAAUUAUUUCUUCUGAGAAUGAAUUAGAGAUUGUAAAUUGGAAUGUCAAUGAAGAUUCUGAUGAGGAAUUUUUGAAUCUGGUCAAGAAGGGUAUUACUUCUAGUGGGAAGAAGAAGCUAGUGGUAUUGAAAUGGCAUUGA